ACCCCUAACUUUCACCACACUUCGUUUCUCUCUCUCUCCCUUUCAACUCCCACACUAUCAUUUCAGUUUCCUUUCUCUUUCUCUCUCAGAAUGGACAAAGCCCAAACCGAGCCCUGGCGACCCGACCCGCUUCACUCCGGCAUGUUCCGGCCGCCGGAGACGCCGCGGGAGCCCAUGGAGUUCCUCUCCCGCUCCUGGAGCGUUUCCGCCCUCGAAGUCUCCAAGGCUCUCUCUCCGGCGCUCUCUAAGGUCACCCUCUCCAAUGGCGCCGCCGUCAUCGCCAUACCGGAAGACAUCGCCGGCGAGGCCGAGGAAGCCUCCGCCACCGUCUCCGGGAACCCCUUUUCCUUCGCCUCCUCAGAAACCUCCCAAAUGGUCAUGGAACGAAUCAUGUCACAAUCCCAGGAGGUAUCUCCACGAACCUCAGGGAGACUCUCUCAUAGCAGUGGCCCUCUUAACGGAACCCAAAGUUGUGGUUCCUUAACCGAUAGCCCUCCUGUUUCUCCUUCUGAAAUCGACGAUAUCAAGUACACCCGCACCAACAAUAUUGCCAGCACUUUAAGUCUUAAUUUCAGAACCACCGCGCCCGGCGCCGCACCUGGCGGCGCCGGAGGCGGGAAGACGGUGGGGAGGUGGCUCAAGGACAGGAAGGAGAAGAAGAAAGAGGAGACCAGGGCGCACAAUGCUCAGCUCCACGCGGCGGUGUCGGUGGCCGGAGUUGCUGCGGCAGUAGCUGCAAUUGCCGCCGCGACCGCUGCCACGUCCGGGACUGGUAAAGAUGAGGAGAUGGCGAAGACCGAUAUGGCGGUGGCGUCGGCAGCGACGCUGGUGGCGGCGCAGUGCGUGGAGGCGGCGGAGGCUAUGGGGGCGGAGCGUGAGCACCUUGCGUCGGUGGUUAGCUCCGCCGUGAAUGUGAGAUCCGCCGGUGAUAUCAUGACUCUAACUGCCGCGGCUGCGACAGCUUUGCGUGGGGCUGCCACAUUGAAAGCGAGGGCCCUGAAGGAAGUGUGGAAUAUUGCAGCAGUGAUUCCUGUGGAGAAAAAUUUGGCAGCUGGUGGAGUUAAUAACAAUAAUGCAAGUAAUGGAAAUUCUAAUAGUAGCUUCAGUGGUGAACUUGUCCCAGAAGAAAAUUUCUUGGGUAUAUGCAGUAGAGAAUUAUUAGCCAGAGGUUGUGAACUCCUCAAACGCACACGCAAAGGUGAUCUUCAUUGGAAGGUUGUUUCUGUGUAUAUAAACAGGAUGAAUCAGGUUGUAUUGAAAAUGAAGAGCAGGCACGUUGCUGGGACCAUCACAAAAAAGAAAAAGAAUGUGGUGCUUGAAGUGAUCAAAGAUGUACCCGCAUGGCCUGGUCGCCACUUGCUUGAAGGUGGUGAGGAUCGCCGCUACUUUGGGUUGAAAACAGUGAUGCGUGGUGUUGUGGAAUUUGAAUGCAGAAAUCAAAGAGAAUAUAAUGUGUGGACUCAAGGUGUUUCAAGGCUUCUCUCCAUUGCAACAGAAAAGAACAACAAAAACAGAAUUUGAGGGAGAGGAAAUUUUGGCAAGGGGGGAGUAGGAGGAUCAAUCAAUGUGGUAUUAGUAAAGCAUUAUACUUGAUGUUUUGUACAUUGUAAAAAGGUUAAAAAACUAAAGGCAAAGUUAAUGCCAAAUGGGGUCAUCACACUUUACUCUUGGGGAUCUGGAUGAUUUUUUUUUUAAUAGGAAAGCUAAAUAUUUGAACUGAAGUGAGCCCAAUGUGAAGCAAUUGGCUUUUUGUUCCUCCAUUGUUCUGGAAAGAAAAUGGGUAUGGGGGUAUCUUGGACUUGGGGGGAGGGUUAGUCAAAAAGAAGAGGAAAGAAUCAUCAUAUUGGAGGGGAAGUAUAAUGUUUAAGGACAAGUAUACCCUUGUUUGUACAUUUGGGUUUGGACUUUAAAAAAAAGUGGUCAAAAGUCUAGAUUUUCAUGUGAUUAUUAUUUACAAUAAAAAAUUUCUGGGCGUAGUCUCUUGGAUUGGAUCUAUGGAAA